AUGUUAAAAUCUGAGCUAACUUCUAAUACCGUUGUAUCCUUUUUCGAUCCCCGUAAACCGAUAACAUUGUGGGUCGAUGCUAGCAAUUAUGCUAUUGGUGGUAUUCUUUUACAACCGGAUGACGAAGGACAUCCAAAACCUGUCUGUUACACCUCUCGUGCAUUAUCUCAAACUGAACAAAAAUAUUCAGUUACUGAAAAAGAAAGUUUAGCCGUAGUCCACGCUGUUUCAAAAUGGCAUGUUUAUUUAUAUCAUGCAGAAUUUACAGUUAUAGUUGAUCAUAAUCCAUAUAAGGUCAUAAUAAGUGCGAAAAAUAUUGCUGAUUACAUUAGUAGAAUACGUAACAAUGCUCCAACUGGUGAGAACAUUACAAAUGAAUAUGCAAAUUUUAUUACAAAUAAAUCCGUACCACACUCUAUGUCGUUAAAUGAAAUACACACAGCCUCAGAAAAUGAUGACGAAAUUCAAGAAAUACGUAAAGCACUUACAUCCGACAAUUGGUCCUCGUUACAAAAAUAUGAAGUUUAUAAAGAAGAAUUUUGUGAAGUUAAUGGUAUUACAUUACGUAGAAAUCGUUUGUUUAUUCCGAAAUCAUUAGUGCAGGAAAUCAUGGAAAUAGCACAUUAUUCAUGUCUUGGUAUAGUAAAAUUAAAAAGUUUGCUACGUUGCAAAGUUUAUUGGUACAACAAGGACAGAGACAUCGAUAAUCUCGUUUAA